CGCAGAACAUGAUUUCUGAGUUAGAACGGCAGCAACAGUACAACUCGCACAGAUUCCACGCGCCAGCCGAUUUCCCGCGUGGCCGCCCACAGUUGAGCUCACCCACCCAACCAACACCCUCCCCUGUUUCCCCAGUUCCUCUGCAAAAUUAGGGACUCUUCAGCUGCCACUCUGUUCCUUUCUCCCCUCUCCCUCCCCAUUUGCAUGCCAUUUUUAGCUCCUCAUUUCCCUUCCCGAUCAUCUCUGAUCUGCGCCAAACUGAGACCACCAAUCCCGACCUCCCUCACGCCCAACACCGCCGAUCGGCUGCCGGUGGAACGCGCCCCGUUCCGCUGCCGCACUGCCAUGCCCCUGCCGCCGCGGAAGAAGCAGAAGCAGGGGACGAGGGACACCACGAGUCUCUGAUCGCCGUCGCCGUCGAUUACGCAGCCUGCCGGAUGGGCAACGCCUGCGUCGGGUCGCGCUUCUCCAAGAACGGCUUCUUCGGCAACUUCUCUGUCUCCCUCUGGCCUUCCCGCUCCCGCUCCGUCGCCGCCCCCUCCAACCCCACCACCACCUCCCGCUCCGUCCCCGUCGUCCAGGUCCAGCCCCGCGAAUCCGCCGACGACAAGCCGCCUCUAGUCCCAGCCCAGACCACCCCUCCCACGCCCAUCGUCAUCUCGGAGCCAGCGCGGCAGCCCCAGCCACAGUCACAGCCGCCGGCGCCGCACAGGGAGCCCGACCCCUCACCGCAGCAUGAGCCGCCGCCGUCGCAGCAGCCACAACAGCCGCAGCCGCAGCAGCCGAGGCAGCAGUCGCGGCCGAAGAAGCCGUCUCACAUCAAGCGCAUCUCCAGCGCAGGGCUGCAGGUGGAGUCGGUGCUCCGGCGCAAGACCGAGAACCUCAAGGACAAGUACAGCCUGGGGCGGAAGCUCGGGCAGGGCCAGUUCGGCACAACGUACCUGUGCGUGGACAAGGCCACGGGCCGGGAGUACGCGUGCAAGUCCGUCGCCAGGCGGAAGCUCAUCACCGACGAGGACGUCGAGGACGUGCGGCGGGAGAUCCAGAUCAUGCACCACCUCGCGGGCCACCCCAACAUCAUCUCCAUCCGCGGCGCCUACGAGGACGCCGUGGCCGUGCACGUCGUCAUGGAGCUCUGCGCCGGCGGGGAGCUGUUCGACCGCAUCGUGCAGAGGGGGCACUACACAGAGCGCCAGGCGGCGACGCUCGCGCGCGUCAUCGUCGCCGUCGUGGAAUCGUGCCACUCGCUCGGGGUCAUGCACCGGGACCUCAAGCCCGAGAACUUCCUCUUCGUUGGUAACGACGAGGACGCGCCGCUUAAGACCAUCGACUUCGGCCUCUCCAUGUUCUUCCGGCCAGGCGAGGUGUUCACGGACGUGGUGGGGAGCCCGUACUACGUGGCGCCGGAGGUGCUGAAGAAGCACUACGGGCAGGAGGCCGACGUGUGGAGCGCCGGUGUCAUCAUUUACAUCUUGCUCUGCGGCGUGCCGCCGUUCUGGGCGGAGACGGAGCAGGGCAUCUUCGAGCAGGUCCUGAACGGCUCGCUGGACUUCGAGUCGGACCCGUGGCCGAGCGUGUCGGAGGCCGCCAAGGACCUGCUCCGGAAGGUGCUCGUCAGGGACCCCAAGAAGCGCCUCACGGCGCACCAAGUCCUCUGCCACCCGUGGCUGCAGAUGAUCGGCUCGGCUCCUGACAAGCCACUGGACUCGGCCGUGUUGUCGCGGCUGAAGCAGUUCUCGGCGAUGAACAAGCUCAAGAAGAUGGCACUGAGGGUGAUCGCGGAGAACCUGUCGGAGGAGGAGAUCGCGGGACUGAAGGAGAUGUUCAAAAUGAUGGACACUGACAACAGCGGGCAGAUCAACUUCGAGGAGCUCAAGGCCGGACUUCAGAGGGUCGGUGCCAACAUGAAAGAGCCGGAGAUAUAUCAGCUCAUGCAGGCUGCUGAUAUCGACAACAGUGGCACCAUAGAUUAUGGAGAAUUCAUAGCUGCCACACUGCACCUCAACAAAGUUGAAAGGGAAGACCAUCUAUUCGCCGCCUUCCAAUAUUUUGACAAAGAUGGCAGUGGAUACAUAACAGCUGAUGAGCUGCAGCAAGCAUGUGACGAGUUUGGCAUCGAAGACGUCCGACUUGAAGAUAUGAUAGGGGAAGUAGAUCAAGACAAUGAUGGGCGUAUAGAUUACAAUGAGUUCGUCGCAAUGAUGCAGAAAACGACUACUGGAUUUGGAAAGAAAGGCCCUCAGCACAACCUUAGCGUCGGUCUUAGGGAUGCCUCGAAGGCGCAUAGCUGACAAUGUUGUAGUGUUGUAUUGUAUAGUUGUGUACCCCUCUUACUAUGUGAAAUGGAGUUGUGCAUACGUGUUGUAACUGUAAAGGAAACUCGGGUUCUGGUUAAUUCAUCGGAGCUUUGUUGACUGCA